GGGGCCCUGCGUCCCGACCGUUGAAAACGCGAUACAAACUUUCGAACUUCGAACAUACACUUUUCGUUACUGGCCAGUGUUUUUGUGAAAAUGCGGUUGGACGUUGUGAUGAAGUGGGAAAUACAGUUGAUAGUGUUGGGAAUUUCAGUGUUGUUCCGCUGCACGGAUUCCAUCGAUUUGCCAACAUUCGUGGGUCCAGGGUCCAACGUGACGGUAGCAGUGGGCAGAGAUGCGGCACUCACGUGUAGAGUGGACAACCUACAAACUUUUAAGGUGGCGUGGCUCCGCGUAGACACGCAAACCAUCCUCACGAUCGCCGGGCACGUGAUCACGAAGAACCACCGCAUCAGCGUCGGGCACGGCGACGGGAGCUGGACCCUGGGGCUCAAGGACGUGGGGCCGAGCGACGGCGGCAGAUACAUGUGCCAAGUCAACACCGAGCCCAUGAUGAGUCAGACGCACCGGCUGCAGGUUGUCGUACCGCCAGACAUCGACGACGAAGCUAGCAGUGGCGAGAUCCUGAUGAAGGAAGGCGAAGACACCGCGUUGAGGUGCGUGGCCUCGGGGACCCCGCCCCCGACUAUAGUCUGGAGGAGAGAAGACUCCAGGCAUUUUAGGAUUAACAAUUCUACAUUAGUAUCCAAAUGGAACGGGGAGUGGCUGAACUUGACCGGCGCCGAGCGCGCGGCGUCCGGCGCGUACCUCUGCAUCGCUAGCAACGGAGUUCCGCCGUCUGUGAGCAAGAGAAUCAUCAUUAAAAUGAUGUUCGCUCCUUCGAUCUGGGCAGGACGAGUCGCCAUCCGCGCGCCUGCAGGCAGCGCCGUAACCCUCACUUGCACUGCAGAGGCGUUCCCUGUACCACUAGUCUAUUGGACGCUGAACGACCAGAAACUCUCUAACAGUUCCAAGCAUAGAAUGACCGUGUCGUCCCGCGGUUUCCGCCACUCCCUGUCGCUGCUCGUCGCUGGAGUGUCACGCGCUGACGCUGGCGCUUACCGCUGCGGCGCCGAGAACGCCUACGGGCGUGCACAUGCUGAAUUAUUACUUCACACGUUAACAACAACAACGACGACGACAACGACAACAACAACCACGACAACGACAACUACAACCACCACGCCGCCACCCACCACAACCACUAUAUUCUACGACGUAGAGCAACACUUGGAGCAGCUGCACCGUGGGGUCCUGGAGGACCCCGCGCUGGGGGACCCCUACAUCGUGCUCAGCCAACACCAGAUGCAGAACCUUGACAUGGCAACAACGAUAUGACCAGAGGCCGGGCGCGGCGCCCCAUGGAGCGAAGGCUGGCCGCCGCUCGCCGGCCGCGCCGCGCGCCCCGCACUCCUCUGGGCCCCCCUCCUCGCCCUGCUCUCAGCCGCGUGAUGGUACGCGCGCACAUAGACUUGGUGGCCGUUGUGUUUGUAAAUGGGUUGGAAAUUGUUUUGGUUAUGUUGAUCGAGAAUAUAAAAUUAAAUAGUUUAAGAGGUGAGGCGAUAGUUAAACUACAAUCGAGAGCAAUUUAAGUGUGUAUCGAUUCCGUUGGGAGUGAGUUAUGUUUAUAUCAAUUUAUUUACCUAUAUGUGGAGGAAACAUACCAACAGUUAGUGAAUAUACUAUGUAAAUAAAGACAAGUAAGUACAUAUUUAUAAAGUUUGGAUUGGAAAUGACAUUAUUCUGCGGCCGUAUGAUGAACACUAUUAUUGACGAGAUAAGAAUAUAAUACAGGUAGAAUAACGUUAUUUUAAAACACCGCUCGAUAGAGAGAGAGACAUGAUUCUUUAUAAGUAUCCUAUCAUUAUCACGUCGAUAAAGGUACGCAUCAUACGGCCGUUUGGAUAAACUCAGAGAUGUAAAAACUAAAAUAAUGAGUAUUUUUUAGUUAAUUCGCUUUACGAAUUUUAUAUAUUUUCAGUGUUAAGCUAUUGGUACUUUAAGAUGUUCGCUGUACAUAAUUUUGCACAGAUCUAGUCAUAUCAGAUAGAACACGGGGAAAUUGUCGUUUGUAUAAUAAGUAUACGUACCCCUCGUCCUGAUUAGGCUUAAUUAAAAUUAAAUGGUGAUGAUAUAAGAACAGUUUGGUUUAUUUUUAUUCUUUAAAGUUGUAAAAACAGAGUUGAAUUCAAUUCUUGACAGAUAUUAGUGACCUUGAGUAUUAUUGAGAAUGUAAUCUAUUAUUCAUAAAACUUGUAAUAAAAAAGCAGAAGUGCUCAAAUCAAGUAUACCUAAUAUAGCGUUAAGCCAUGUAUUACAUGCGCCCGUGAGGGACAGAAAUUAUGUAUACUCAAUUCGACGAAAUUUAAAACAUAUUUUGGCAUUCCCGGCAACAUGCGUAAACUACCACCAAGCAUUUGUUUGGUGUACUGAAAAGUUAUAUAAGGACUGCCAACCACAUAACGUAAAAUAAAGCACACAACUUUUUGUAAGUGGCAUGAAGGCUAAUUCUAACUUACAUUCCGGUAUCAAAUGAUGUCAUAUUGUUAUCAGUCGCCCAUGCUUCUCGUUCACGCCAAUAUAUCUACGAACGGGCGUAAUGCACGUGCAAACGAUAGUAAAAUUAAAUCACUUUGAUAUCGGAAUGUAAUUUCGAAUGGGCCUUAUGGUUAGUUGGCGAUUCUAUAAUCAUUGCAAAUCUGUUUGUACAUACAGUCAGCAUCAAUAAUAGCGGAUGAAUAAAUACGCCAAAUUUAUCUGCCACCCUAAGUCUCCCACCCUUUUCCAAAUAAGCAGAGAGACAAAUAUCUACAAUUUGCAUUCAGAAGUAUCAAUUACCGUGUAAUUGUUCUAUACAUAUAGAUAUAUCUAUAUUUCUGUCGAGCUCUUGGAUAAUGGAAGAUAUUUUUAACGCGUAGUCAUGGAACCUAAUAUGCCAAGAUGACAAUCAUUGAUAGAAAACCAUACACAAUCGAGACUUAAAUAAUGUAUGGAAAUUCACGUAACUUUCCGUAGCUUUUGUUGUCUCGACAUUUUUUUUUGUUUGACGUUUGUCAAUGCACAAUUGUCAUUUUGGGUAGGCCUCCAGAUCCGCUUUGAUGCUGAGUGCUGACUGUACUGAGGAAGUAUUAUACCAGUUCAAUGAUUUAUGUCGUAAUCGGUAAAUUGUCAAGAUCUCGUUUCAAGUAAAGCAUCCAUCUUAUCAAAGAGAAAUUAAUCAGGGUACUUCGAUGGAAUCCUUUAAGGGACAAAGGAUAUGGGACUCGAUACGGUAGAUGAAAUUUUCAUGAGACUCGGGGAAUGUUACUAUUGUGAAACAUUCACAGAGUUUCCGGGCCGCUUAUUUACGGGACUGUUCCCAGUUUAUAUUUAGUUUUUACUCGUAUUUGUGAAGUAAGGUUGUAAUAAACAAGUUUUGCUAUAGGUACCUAAACCUCAAAUUUUGUAAAAAUGGCUGCAGUAUAUAUUUCCGUUGUAUUAAAUGUUUCUAUGAGACAGACAUUUUUUGGGGAUUUAAAGUUUAGUCUCAUUUGUAACUACAUACAUGAAAAGUUGUUUAAUAUACCUCACAUACAUCGCGUAUGACUAAAAGCUAAAAACAACAAGUAACACCAGUGGAAAUUCGUUAUCGUACAAAACAGUAAAAAUAACGUAAGCAGAAGAGCUAAUUGUCACCAAUGUAAAGAUUAUUUCUGUCGAUAAAGAUCCCACAGAAACAGGACGUUGAUUUUUGUUGAAAAAGGCAAAUGAAUAAACACACCAAGGCCUAAGUCGAUCUUUAUUCGUGUUAUAAGUUCUUACUUGGUUGAUUGACUGAUGACAUAAGGCACCUUAAUAUCUCAGAACCGUAACAAAUAACAAAAAAAUCUAUUUUGUAUCAUAAAUGUUACAUAAAGGUGAGCAUGUCAUUGUAAUGUGUUACAAAAAUCUGGUAUUACCAUUUGGAAACGCCUAGAAUAAGAACUGUAUAAAACUGU